AUGAUGAAGACGAUCACACCCUCACCCAUCCUCGUCUUCUGGCUUCUCUCUUCCACCGUCGAUGCUCAGUCAAGUUGGGGACCGGUGGUUUCUCCAAAUGCCCCCCUUCACACUUGGGAUGUAUCAUUCGCUCCCAUGAUUGUGGCCCAUGUUUGCGCCGUCUUCUUCAUUGUCAGCUUUGCCCUCUCCCUCCGCCACUGCUCCGACGUGGAUCUGGCUGCUGCCGACAAUUGUUCUUCAAGUGGUCCUCAAGGUAUUGACCCAAAAUUACUCGACACCUUCCCCAUCCUCGUGUAUUCCGCCGUGAAGAGCCUCAAAUUUGGGAAAGCCGCCGCGCUGGAGUGUGCCGUGUGCUUGAGCGAGUUCGACCAACAAGAUACGCUCCGAUUACUUCCGAAAUGUAACCAUGUGUUUCAUCCUCAAUGCAUCGACGCCUGGUUGGCCUCCCACGUGACUUGCCCUGUUUGCCGUUCAAGGCUGAAGCCGGCGGAGGAGCACCGGCGAGGGGAAAACGACGUAGCGAUCGAAAUUCCGAAUGAGGUUAUACAUGCCCCACAGGUGUUGGAUGAAAGUUCUGGGAGUAGAACGGAGCGUCAUUCAGGAGAUAGAAGAGGUAUGGGGGGGCAAGGACACGGAGAGGUACAAUCUCAGAUUGUUGGAGGAUCUUAG